AUAAACGACACGAUUGGUCAAUUGAAGGAAGGCCUUAUCUUUUCUCCAGUCCUCUCCCUCGUUUAAGCGCUAAAACUCAAUGGCUUCCACACUUCUUGUUCCUCAACUUCUCUCAUCUCCCACGAGUCUCAACGUCGCAGCUCCAAGAACCUAUUAUACCUUCAACGCACACAACACUCGUCGAACAGUAAAAUGCUCUUCAAACGCAGAACCAAAAGAUCAGCAGUUCCUCGACCUCACACCUUCACCCGACUCAAUCAACACCACAAGCGCCGAGAAGUUCCCCAUCGAGAAACGUCGAAGAUCCGAGAUCAUACGCGACAGGAAACAAAGAGGCAUCGAGAAGCCAGAGCCACCGAACUUCGAGAUCGGCUGGAAGAGAACGAAAGAGAUAAACUUGGAGAAACCAAAAGGGUACGUGAUAAUGGACUUCUUGGAGAAGUUCGAAGGGUUGAUGGCGAGAGAGUUCGGUUCCAAGGAGCUUUUGGCUAAAGCUGGGGAGAUAGUCGCGGAGAGGGCGAGGGAAGAAGCUGAGGUUUUGAGAGACGAAGGUGAAGUUGAGGAGAGGAUGGUUACUGAGCUUUUCAGGGUUUUGAAGUUGAUGGAGAUGGAUUUGGCUAUGGUUAAAGCUUCUGUUAAAGAAGAGACUCUCAGUGAGAGGACAAAAUACAAAGGUGUGGUUCAACAACCGAACGGUCACUGGGGCGCUCAGAUAUACGCUGAGCAUCGAAGGAUCUGGCUUGGAACGUUCAAGUCCGCCGCUGAAGCCGCUGCAUCUUACGAUAGCGCAUCUAUCAAACUCCGAGGUAUUGAUGCUAACUCGUACCGGAACUUCCCUUGGUGUGAAAUCACGACCCAUGAACCGGCGUUUCAAGCCAACUACACAACAGAAGCUGUGUUGAACAUGAUCAAAGACUGUUCUUACCAACACAAGUUCAUGGAGUAUCUCAGAAGAAGAUCUCAGAUGGUGGACUUCGCCAACAUCAACAUCGUGGCGGCGGCAUCAAAACAGAGCCGAGCAGGGAGAGGAGUGCAAGACCCAUUCUCUUGCACGCCGCUUUUUAGCAAGGAACUUACACCGAGCGAUGUUGGGAAACUCAACAGGCUUGUGAUACCAAAGAAGCAUGCGGUGAAGCAUUUGCCAUUCAUAAGCGACGUUCAGAAAGAGAGGGAAGAAGGCGAAAUAGGAGGAGCUCUGGACGACGUUGAGGUUGUGUUUUAUGACAGGGCGAUGAGACAAUGGAAGUUUAGGUAUUGUUACUGGAGAAGUAGCCAGAGCUUUGUCUUCACCAGAGGAUGGAAUGGUUUCGUCAGGGAGAAGAGACUCAAGGAGAAAGAUGUGAUCGUCUUUUACCAUUGUGAUGUCCCGACCAAUGUUAAGACAUUACAAGGUCAAAGCAACAGCUUCUUAAUGAUUGAUGUUGACUACUUUACGGAGACGGGUUCCGCGCCUCCCAAGGAAGUAGACAAGAUGGUUCACAACACUUCCGAGGAAGAAAUGAAAACAGAAACCAAAGGAGGGUUUAUGCUGUUUGGUGUUAGGAUUCAAUAG